AUGGAGCUCUACCAUCAUAACUGUGACGUUGCGAACCCGCACGCGGUGGACGGCAGAGGUGCGACUCAUAUCAAUGUGUCGUGCGACUACGCAGCUCCAUCUACUUCAGCUCCGUGCACUUCCACGCCUACUUUCACAUGUGAGUUUGUCGUUUUGGUUUCCACUUCAUGCACUCCUACGUCAAAGCACCCGCGGGUUGCGGAGACAGCCAGCAUGGCCGCCGCCAAGCUCGUCAGUGACACCAUCAAGGGUUGCCACAUGGACGCCAUGAACAAGCUUGAAGGCCUCGUGCGCGUGUGGAUGGAGCAGGACGAGAGGAUUGUGCGGGAGCGCAUGGCGCAAUCCGCCGCCGCUGCACAGGCGCGCACCACCGCCACCCCCCCGGACAACACCUAG